AUGGUGGUCGUCGACGUUCCUCAACGCUCUGAGAAGCCCAAGGUCGUUGACGUUGUGGCGCCGCCUGGGCCCAAUGAUGAUGACUUCCCCGCCGCCUUGGCUGCCAGACGCCGCAUUCGUUAUGCUGGCGACGAUGAGGAGAACCCAGGGCCAUCUUCCUCGAACAAUUUUGGUCACACAUUGACAAGGCGCACCUCAACAUACUCGGUACAUUCACUUUCCAGCGUCCGUAGCGGGCAGCGCACCAUCGACCCCUCAAUCAUCCUGCCAGUUCAAUAUCGCACGCUCAGCUACGAUAUAACCAAUAGCAAGGCUAUUGGAAAGGCUAAAGAUGCUCGUGAGAAAGCUACAGUCGACGUUGGCCGCCUCGAAUGGCAUUUGCUCACCACCGCAGAGAUCUGCGUGCGAUUGAAGACAUCGACGGAAACCGGUCUCUCAUCCACCGUGGUGAAGGAGAAAAUGACAGAGUUCGGUCGGAAUGUUCCUUCCGCACCACCGUCUAGGCUCAUGCAGAAGCUUUUCGGUUACUUCUUCGGAGGAUUUGGCUCGAUCUUGCUCGUCGGCAGCGUUCUCGUCUUCCUCUCCUGGAAGCCGCUCGGACAACCACCAGCCGUGGCAAAUCUUGCACUCGGGAUUGUUCUCGUCGCUGUGUUCUUCAUCCAGGCCGCGUUCAACGCCUGGCAGGACUUCUCGUCUAGUAGGGUCAUGAACAGCAUUACCGGCAUGUUGCCUGAAGCCUGUCAUGUCCUACGCGAGGGAAGCAAGCAAACCGUGCAGGCCCCCGAAGUUGUCCCCGGCGAUAUUCUCUACUUCAAGGCGGGCGACAAAUUGCCGGCCGAUGUGCGCUUCAUAGACGUCUCGAUGGACGCCAAGUUCGACAGAAGCAUCUUGACCGGAGAGUCACUUCCUUUGGGCGCUGUCACCGAGUCACCGGAGCCCAAUUACCUUGAAACGCGAUGCAUCGGCAUGCAAGGCACACACUGCACGUCUGGUAGUGGCGUCGGAAUCGUCGUCUCUACCGGCGACAGUACCGUGUUCGGCCACAUUGCAAAGUUGACGAGCACACCAUCGACUGCCCGGACUACUUUGCAGAAAGAGGUGCUGCGCUUCGUCAUCAUCAUUGUUGGGCUGAUGAUACUCAUGAAUAUUAUUGUGGUUGCGGUAUGGGGCGGCUACAUUCGUCAGAAACACCAUGACUACAUCAACGUGCCGACAUUGAUUGUCGAUAUCGUGAGUGUCGCAAUUGCAUUCGUCCCCGAAGGACUCCCGAUUGCGCUCACCGCGUCCUUGACUAUUACGGCCAACACCAUGAGGAAGAACAACAUCCUUUGCAAAUCGCUCAAGACGGUUGAGACUCUUGGGUCCGUCUCGGUGCUCCUGUCCGACAAGACGGGAACGUUGACAAAGAAUCAGAUGGUCGUCACGGACUGCCUGAUCGGCGCAAGCGCCAUGACCGCUCUUGAGGCAGCAGAAGAUGUGGCCGAUGACAGUGCCAAGUUCACGUCGAAGAAGGCCGCGCUUCAACAACUUCGCGUGGUUUCUGCGGUUUGCAAUGCCGGCGAAUUUGAUCCCACGACGGUUCACCUUCCUCUCGAUCAGCGCAAGAUCAUUGCCGAUGCGACUGACCAAGCCAUCCUCCGCUUCUCACAGAGCUUGGGACCGGCCACACAGUCUCGCGAUAUGUGGCGCACGCGAUUCGAUCUCACCUUCAAUUCUAAAAACAAGUUCGCCCUUCGAGUUGUGUCUGCCGAGUGCGCUUCUGCGGUUUCAUCGACAAUGGGUGUCUCUGAGGCCAACGUGUUCCAGGCCGACAAGGACCUGUUGUUGAUGAUCAAAGGUGCUCCGGACAUUCUCCUUCCGAGAUGCACUGAAUAUGUCGGUAAUGAUGGCGAAACCCACGCGCUCGAUGCCGUAGUUCGUUCAUCCAUCGAGGCACUCAAGGAUUCGUGGUCCAGUCAAGGCAAACGGGUCCUGCUCCUGGCACGAAAGCUUCUUCCUGCACACAUUGUUCAGUCAUCUCCGAAUGACAACACGUUUGAGACGGAAGCUCUCAAACACGCCAGCGCCAGUCUCACUCUGAUAUCACUGGUGGGCAUUGUCGACCCUCCAAGAGACGAAGUCCCGAGUGUUAUUCAAAGCCUCCGUCAAGCAGGCAUUCGUACAAUGAUGGUGACAGGGGACUUUAAGCUCACGGCUCAAGCCGUCGCUCGUGCAUGCGGCAUCAUCACCGUUCCUGACAGUGAAGUGCAUACCGUUGACAACCUUCCUCACUUCGCCCCAUCAGAUCCACCAGAAAAUAAACGUCAGAAGAGAUCGAACCUGCUGCCCUCGGAAAACAAAGCUAUUGUCCUGACAGGCUCGGACCUCAUGGCCCUUUUGCCGCAUCAAUGGCACGCCCUGACCACGCAGUACAGCGAGAUUGUCUUCUCACGCACGACGCCGGACCAAAAGCUGCGGAUCGUCCGGGAAUUCCAGUCUGAAGCCUUCGUCGUGGCGAUGACUGGCGACGGCGUGAACGACGCACCCAGCCUGAAGCAAGCAGAUAUUGGCAUCUCACCAGCCUCUGGUUCGGACAUCGCGAUCGAGGCCUCCGACAUGGUGCUUCUGGGCUCCUUCUCCGCCAUCCCCGAAGCAGUCAUGUACGGCCGCGUGGUGUUCGACAACCUGAAGAAGACAAUCGCGUACCUCCUGCCCGCGGGUUCGUUCUCGGAGUUCUGGCCUGUAAUGACAAGCGUGGUCUUUGGCCUACCUCAGGUCCUCUCCAGCUUCCUCAUGAUCGUCAUCUGCUGCUUCACAGACUGCGUCGCCGCCACGAUGCUGGCGUACGAACAGCCCGAAGCGAACGUCAUGCUGCGGCCCCGACGAGACAUACACAACGACCGGCUCGUCGACUGGAGAUUAUUGCUUCAGGCCUACGGCCUGGUCGGCAUCCUCGAGACAACCUGCUCCUUCGCCAUGAGCUUCUGGUACCUGCAGCGCAAGGGCCUGGCGUUUGGCACGCUGUGGUUCUCCUUUGGCAACAUUCCCACCCCGCCGGGCCAGACGGCCGACGACGUCUCCUUCCACUUGACCGUGGCGAGCUCCAUCUACUUCGUCACGCUGGUGGUCAUGCAAUGGUUCAGCGUCAUGGCUCUGCGGACGCGUCACCUUUCCAUCUUCUCGCACCCGCCCAUCUUCAACCGGAAGACGCAGAACCGGUUGCUCUUCCCGGCCAUUCUGUUCUCGCUGGUCGUGGCGUUGGUGUUCACCCUUUCGCCUGGGAUCGAUUACCUUGGCUGCAAUAAUGUGCCGGUAGAGCAUUGGUUCAUCCCCAUGACAUUCGGGAUUGGGCUUCUGAGUCUGGACGAGCUGCGAAAGAUGGCGGUGCGGAGAUAUCCUGGGGGUUCCCUCGCGAAGAUCGCGUGGUAG